AUGUAAGAUCUGCUCCAACUGGCCCACUUUGGUAUGUUGCACACCGUUCUAGGAUGUCAGAACUCAUGAAGAACUGUGGGGAAGGACUCUAAAGAAAGUAAAGUUGUCAAGCAUUGACAGAGAGGAAAGAAGAAGGUCUUGUAAAACUGCUCGCCUGGAAUCUUCAUCUGCAAAGUUCGAAGGUAAAAAUGUCUUUGGAGAAAAUGAAAGAUCUUCACCUGGAGGGAAAACAUAUACAACCAGAAACUAAAGAAGUGAAUGGAAUCCUUAUGACCAAGAUGAUAAGUGACAACUGGGACAAAAUCUGGGAUUUCCAAGCAAAACCUGAUGAUCUCCUCAUUGCAACCUAUGCAAAGGCAGGCACAACCUGGAUACAGGAGAUUGUGGACAUGAUCCAAAAUGACGGGGAUGUGCAGAAGUGCCAGCGGGCCAGCACCUAUGACCGGCACCCUUUCAUUGAAUGGAAUCUACCCCCGCCCCUCCCUUCGGGUCUGGAUCUGGCUAAUGAAAUGUCUUCUCCUAGAACUCUGAAGACUCAUCUGCCUGUGCAGAUGCUACCACCUUCCUUCUGGAAAGAAAAUUCAAAGAUUAUCUAUGUGGCUAGAAAUGCCAAGGACUGUCUGGUGUCCUAUUACCAUUUCUCAAGAAUGAAUAAAAUGAUUCCCGACCCUGGUACCUGGGAGGAAUAUGUUGAGACAUUCAAGGCUGGAAAAGUAUUGUGGGGCUCCUGGUAUGAUCACGUAAAGGGAUGGUGGGAUGCAAGAGACAAGCACCGUAUUCUCUACCUCUUCUAUGAGGAUAUGAAGGAGGAACCAAAGCGGGAAAUUGAGAAGAUAUUGAAGUUCCUGGAGAAAGAGAUAUCAGAUGAAAUUCUGAAUAAAAUCGUCUAUCACACUUCCUUUGAUGUAAUGAAGGAAAACCCAAUGGCAAACUACACCACUUUGCCUAUCUGCCUCCUGGACCACUCCAUCUCCCCUUUUAUGAGGAAAGGGAUGCCUGGAGACUGGAAGAACUAUUUUACUGUGGCUCAGAAUGAAGCAUUUGACAAGGACUACCAGAAGAAGAUGGCAGGAAGCACUCUGACCUUCCGCUCAGAGAUUUAAGAGCAACUGGGGAAUUGUUCAUGGACUUGCUUACUAGA